AAAGUAACGAUUCCAAUUGAAAAUUUCUACAAUCAAUAAAUUUCGACAUCAAGUUUUUCGUUCCGCUAAAAAAGUUACAAAUAUCAAAGUUCAAGCAAGAGAAAAAAUCUCGCAACAACUAAAAAAAUAUUGUAUAUCUAUUAAUAGCUUGGAAAUUCAAGAAAUAAAAAAAAAUAUAUACGAAAAAAGCUCAAGAAAAUACCAGGGCGGUAGAGAAGAAAGAAAAUAUAAAGUUUCUUUUUUAUAACUUGAAAAUUUUUAUGUAAUAGGUGAAUUUAUAAAACUGCGAGAAUGUCUUUAUUACGAUUAUUUGCAAAUAUGUAUGAUAUGGAUUUUGUAGAACAUUUAUAAAACACAAAGUGUUUGGAAAAAAGUGCAUAAAAGUGUUUUCGAUUAUUAAAUAACGAAAACACAAAAACAAAGACAUCGUUUUAAAAUUAAUUUAAUAAACAAAAAAGAACCAACAACUUUUGUGUGUACUAAGUGAAAUCAAGGGCAAACGCACCGAUUAACAACAGAAAAAAGCGUAACCAAACCAGAAAACAAAAACUAUUAAAAGACGCCAUUUUGAAAAAGCAUUAACCUAACACAAAAACAGGAAUUGUGUUGUGAAUAAAGCAAAAAAAAUAUUAAAUACAAAAACGGAAAAAUAUCCAAUUAGAAUUCUGUAAAGAGAAUCCUAACAUUUCGGUAGAUUCCUCUUUCGUUACUAGUGUAAUGUUUACUAAGCAACACCACAAACAACAACAGCAACCGAAAUCAAACAACAUUUACAGAAUAAACGACAAAAGAGCAGCAGUUAAGAAAAGAAUCCUUGUCCAUCCCUCGACCAUGUUCAGAAACUUCAAUUGCCAAUUGACGACCUACUCAUCGAUAACGGCAAUGAACAACAGUAAUAUACAAAGCGCUUCACUUAGAAUUAUUUGCCAGCAACCGUGGUUUAUAAGAGUCCAAGCCUAAGUAGUGACAGCGACCUUUUAAUCUUCUAAAUUGAUCGAACAACAAUUUAACCUUUUUCAAGGUUCAAGGUCGAACUGUCCUCUUAACUUAGAUUGUUAAGUUAUAUGCAUCGUUAAAAACAAGGAUUUCAACAAAAAAUAUAUAUUAAAAUAUCGAACAAAUUAUUAAACGAACAAAAAAAUCUAUUUGACUAGAUUUUCUAAUUGGAACACAUCAGUCAAAAAAGUUUUGUCAAGACAUUGGAUACUUUCAUCACUGAAAGAACAAAUCAUACAUACUACAAUUUGACUGAUUUAAGGAUUUUACCUGAAACGUAAUCUCCUUUAAAGCUUGUAUUCGUCCAGAACUUAAAUCUAUCGCAAGCAUCAUGAAACUUUUGGAAAGUUCUCGCUUUGAAGCCAUCAAUAAUGCCUUGUCCAUUGGCUCGGGCAGUAGCACCAUGUUUGGACGCAUAGAGUCAUACUCUUGCAAAAUGGUAGCCGCUGAUAAAACUUUGUACAAGCGCUUUACGGCUGAGACUCAUGGUUAUGGUCCUCAUGAUUUGCAGGCCCUUUCGCCACCCCAAACAUUGGUGGAUAUGUCGCCGAAUUUUCAUCGCAACAAUAGCCAGUCGGGGGAUGAGGGUGUCAUCUUGUGUGACACUAUAUCGCGUAAGACUUUGUUCUAUUUGAUUGCUACUUUGAAUGCAUCAUUUGAACCCGAUUAUGAUUUUUCGGAUGCUAAGAGCCAUGAAUUUAGCAAGGAACCCUCUUUGCAAUGGGUUAUGAAUUCGGUUCAUUCGAAUUUAUCGGCUUUAGCUGGUGACCAGUAUCAAGGACUGCGUCAACCAUUGUGGUCGGCAAUUGAUGAUGAAAUUAACUUACAGGAGUGUGACAUUUACAGUUAUAAUCCUGACUUAAGUUCAGAUCCCUUUGGUGAACCCGGCUGCUUAUGGUCAUUCAAUUAUUUCUUUUACAAUAAGAAAUUGAAACGUAUUGUUUUCUUUACUUGUCGUGCUGUAAACUCUUUAUAUGCCGGUGAAACAUCAGAUUUCUCCAUGGAAGAAGAAGGCUAUUAAAUUUAGCCAUAUAAAAUAAUUGAAAUCACACAGCUAUAUCUAUUUAUGUCACACAAUUUUUUAAAAUAAAUAUUCGUGUCGCCACUAAAUCACUGAUUUAUAUAAGUUUGCUAAAAAAAGCAACAGCAACAAAAAAACGUACUACCCGUUUACAAAAAUGGGAGUUUAUAUAUUUACCCUGAAAAUGAUCCUUAUGUUUGAAAUCUUUAACUUGUUGGUGUAUUUAUGGGCUCGAAGGCAGGUGAGAGCUGCGGUGUGAGAAUUCGUGCCUCUAAGUACACGCGAUGCCAAUUGAAAUAUUAAAUAUUAUUCUUAUUAAUUACUAUAUUAUUUACUUUUUUUUAUAUAUUAUUUUGCUCCUGAUAUCAUAAUAUAUAUAUAUAUAAUGUAUGUAGAUUUAAGAUUUUCUGAAAAGUAAUGAAACUUGUCUAACAAUCUAAUAUGAAUUCAAGUACAUAUAUUAAUUAAAUCUAAACAAAACAAAAAAAAAUCUCUAAACAUUUAAUUACUAACAAUAACCGUUACAAAACAAUAUUUUCUUUGCCUUAACCAGCUUUUUUUAUAUUACAUAACAAGUAAAAAAAGUUAAGAUUACAAAUGAGAUGAGUUUUAAGCUUGUCUAUCUACUAUUAUUUUUUUUUCUUCUUAUUUUCAGCUUUUUAUAAGUUACAAAUUUUAUUUUAUUUACCUUUAUAAUUAUAUUUUUUAAUAAAAUGCUCCAGAGAUUUUGCUUAAAAUUUUUAGUCUCUUUUACAAUAUAAAAAAAUAACUUAAACUAAUACAUUAACUUGUGUUAUAUUUUUAAUUAAAAUUUUCAAUACCAUUCAAAUACUAUCUACUAUAUUAAUAUUACUACUACUAUUAUAAAAAUAUGGCUUCAAAUAAAAAUAUAUUAAAUCCUUUAAA